AUGGCCAUCCCAAAAAUCCUGUGCGUGGCCGAGAAGCCCGCCAUCGCCAAGGCAGUGGCCACCCACCUGUCUGGCGGCUCCAUGCGAAUAAAUAACGUCCGUGGCAACCCAUAUGUCAAGAACUACGUAUUCAACUUCAACUUUGGCGGCGCCUGGGGCUCGUGCUCCGUGACCAUGACCAGCGUCAUCGGGCACUUGACCACUCUGGACUUUGAGCGUCAAUACCGAGGCUGGACGUCGUGCCCACCGAGUGCGCUUUUUGAAGCCCCCGUGGUCGAAUCCGUGGAUGCUGAGAAGCUCAGCAUUGCCCAAAAUAUCCAGGAGCAGGCCAAGUAUGCCAAAGCUCUGUUCAUCUGGACGGAUUGCGAUCGUGAAGGCGAGCACAUAGGCACCGAAGUCCGGUAUCAGGCGCGACGGAGCAAUGCGAACAUCGAGGUCAAGCGCGCCAAGUUCAGCAACACCGAGAAAACUCAUGUAUUACGGGCUGCUCGUGCACCGGUCGACCUGGAUGAGCGUCAGGCAAACGCCGUGGCCGCCCGGAUUGAGCUCGAUCUGCGGAUCGGGGCCGCCUUUACGCGAUUGCAAACUCUCCAGCUUCAAAAUCUCGGAGAAGCAUUGAAGGACCGGAUCAUCAGCUACGGCUCGUGCCAAUUUCCCACGCUGGGCUUCGUCGUAGACCGUUACCUUCGCGUGCAGAACUUCAAACCCGAGCCCUUCUGGGCGAUCAAGGUCAUGCAUGAGCGGGAUGGCAUGAAUGUCAACUUCAACUGGCGCCGCGUCCAUCUCUUCGACCGGGCAGCGGUGACGGUCAUGUUGGAGCGAUGUCUGACGGCAAAAAAUGCCAAAGUCACCAAAGUGACCAAGAAUCCCACGAGCAAAUGGAGGCCUCUCCCUUUGACGACGGUGGAUCUGCAAAUGAUGGGCAGCAAGUACCUUCGGAUGGACAGUCAGAAAGUCAUGCAGAUUGCCGAGGCCCUCUAUACCAAAGGCUACAUCAGCUAUCCUCGCACGGAGACGGAUCAGUUCGACAGCGGUAUUGACUUGAAGAAGCUCAUUGAGAAACAAGUGCCCGACAGUUCCUGGGGUCAAUAUGCUCAGAGUCUCCUGGACGGCAAGUUCAAAACUCCUCGAUCGGGCCGCCACAACGACAAAGCACAUCCUCCGAUCCACCCUAUUUGCUGGGUUUCGCCCACGCAACUGAGCGCCGAAGAGAAACGCGUCUAUGAGUUUGUCGUCCGACGCUUCCUCGCCUGCUGCUCCGAUGAUGCCAAGGGACAAACGUCCGAAGUCGAGAUCCGGUACGGCGACGAGAUGUUCCAUGCCAAGGGCCUCAUCGUUCUCGAGAAGAACUACCUGGAUGUCUAUGUCUACGACAAGUGGGAAAGCAGCGCCCAACUGCCUGAUUUCCAGGUGGGCGAGCUCUUUGAGCCUACCGAGGCUAAGAUCGUCGAGGGGAAGACGACGCCGCCUUCUUACCUGACCGAGCCCGAACUCAUCGCACUCAUGGACGCCAAUGGCAUCGGCACCGAUGCCACAAUGGCGGAACAUAUCGCCAAGAUCAAAGAGCGCGAAUACGUCGCCACCCGUCCGCGAGGCGGCGGCGGCGGCGGUCGUGGUCGUGGCCGUGGCCGUGGCGGCGACAACAACAACAGCAACAGCAAUACCGUGCAAGAAUUCAUCCCGACGAGACUGGGCAUUGCGCUCGUCGAGGGUUACGACAACGUCGUAGCCGGCCUCCCGGACAGCCCUUCCCUAAGCAAGCCCUUCCUGCGCAAGGAGAUGGAGCUGCGCAUGCGCGACAUUUGUGCGGGGACCAAGACGCGUACCGAGGUCGUCCAGGAGAGUCUGGAGAUGUACCACGAGGUCUUUAUCCAGACGCAGCGGCGCAUAGACAUGUUGAAGGAUGCAUGUCGGAAGUAUAUUCUUCAGCAGUCGAGUUGA